AUGUCUCCGGAAGGCAAGGCAAAGAUUCUUCGCCAGCUUGGAUCCAUUACGUGGCAGUUAUGCCAACUUAAGUUUGAUCAGAUCGGAUCACUUUUCGAAGGCGCACACGAUCCGGUCAUCAAGACUUGUCUUACACGAGGGCUCCUGGUGCACGAGAGGCACACUCUUGAUCUACCGCGCGGCCCUUUCGCCUCCGCUACCGACUUCUACAAAGCGUUGAUUUCAGCAUUCCAAGAGCAUGCUAGCAUCCUUCCUCUCAGCCCACGCUGCUUCUUUGCACCUUUACCGCUACCUGAGGAGUAUGAGGACAACUCCCAAUUCCAGCGUUCCCGCGAUCGGUGGCAUGAUUUCGUCGCCCUAGGUUCCAAAAUUGAUGGCUCCGAUAACCGGGCGGAUUAUACGAUCGUAGGCGACCUACUUGCCGAGAUGCGGUUAAAGUGGGUCAAGGACACAUAUUUUGAGGAGGAUUCGUGUCGUUACUCACUCCAUCAUCCCGACAUUAGCGUCAACAAUAUCUUUAUUGACGAGGAAUACAAUAUUACUUGCCUCAUCGACUGGGCUUUCUGUUCUUCUCUGCCUCUAUCAGUGGCAGUCACAGAACCUGGUCUUCCUCAAUCACGACAUGAGUUGUCGGAACAGCUUCGGGAGGAAUUCAGGCAGGGCUUUCAAGAGACAGCUUAUGUCAUGUCACAGCAAGUUGAUCUGAAAGAAAGGGCUCUCCUGUGCCGCAUCCUACAACAGAGCCGGUCCAUGUGGUUGCUUUCGCGUGUCCUCAACUUUGAUGCGACUGUGGAUUAUCCCCUCUUAAACGACCUCUGGGCGAUCGUCAAUCCUAAUAGGGGCCAUCUUCUGAUGGAGUUCAAAACAAGGCAGUCCUGGGAUAAGUAUAUGGAGCUACAUGCACUUUUGAAGGAAGAUGAUCAUCCAUUUGAAGUGGCAGAAAGGAAUCAUUUUGAUCAGAGGUCUCAAUUUGAUUUGACAGUGGCAAAGAAGUUGACUCUGAUCUCGCAAUGGUCUUCACGAUACAGUAAGCCAAGUUUUUCAGGGCUCAGGGCUGCAAGUGCCGCAUUCAUAGCCGACAAAACUUUGUGGAAAUGGGUCGAUCGAUGUAUCACGGACCUCCAGGAAAAGGUAUAA